GUUUAAUAUUCUUAAUAGAAUAGAUUUUUUUUUUUUUAUUAAUUUGACAAACUUCGUUUAUCAAAGUGCACACGAUGAUAAUAAUACGAAUACGCGGAAUAAAAAUGAAACAAAAAAAAAACAAAAAUAAUCGAAUAGUUGGAAAAAGGGAACAGAUAAUUCAAUAUGAUAUGAACUGUGCGUAAUUAUAAAAAUUAGAAUAAAUGAAAUAUCUUGGCGAACGUCUUAUACAUAAAACGUUCGUCAGAAAUAGAUAGGGUAAAACAAAAGGACUCAUUAUGAGUAUAGAAAAAGUUUCGUAUUAAUAAUUUAGACGUAAAAGGAUAUAACUUCGAUGAAAUGUUCAUAUUUACCGUUCGUAUUUUCUACUAAUUAUUUUAGUUCAAUAUUUAGAUUCUAAUUGUAACCUUUGGGCUCAUAGAAAAAUGUUAAAGUCUGUAAUGAUAAAAUUACGGACAGAUUAGAUAAGAAUAUAUAAGAUAUAAAACAUCAAAAAUGAUAAGAGGGUUCGCACACGAUUAUAAAAGUCGCUUUGUCCCUUUAUAUUACCAGUUAACAAUUAAUUAAGCACCAAGAGCAAAUACAGAGGAAGAAGUAAAUCAACGUUCGUUUUUCAUCAUGAAAGGAGAGAUUGCGAUAAUAGUCGCGUUUGCGGCUGUCAUGGUUACGGCCUAUUACCCUGGAGACACACCAAUACUGCCGGUUCCAACGUCCUGUCCAGAUGAGGAUCCCACAGAUCGAACGGUGCAUUUGGCACAUUAUGAUUGCGAAAAAUUUUACAAAUGCCAGGCCGGAGAAAAGAUUGAAAUGGCGUGCCCACUCUGGGACAAAACACGAAGAUUACACUUUAACAAAGUCUUACAAGUUUGCGAUUUCCCGUCAAGAGCCGGUUGUAUCGGAUCUGUAACUCCAUCGACGCAGACGCCACCGACACAAUUUCCGCCGACGCAAACGCCGCCGAUUCCGACGCCUACAAGUUGCGUGAAUGCCCCAAUUAACACAUUGAUCCCACACGAAAAACGCUGCCACUUGUACUACAGGUGUGACGGUAAAGGAAACGGUCAACUCGAAAGAUGCGAAAAAGAAAAUAGUUUCAAUCCGGUAGAACGUGUAUGCGAUAAGUCUGGCGUAUGCUUAAUCACAGAUAUUUGCAAGGAUUUCAGAGAUGCAAAUGAAGUAUAUAUCGCCGAUCCUGUAUCCUGCCAAUCCGUUUAUGUUUGUAACGAACUGGAUACGGUGAAAUUGUAUUGCGGAAACGGCUCAGAAUGGAGCAAAGAACAACAGAAGUGUUUGCCAACUAAUCAGGCAAAUUGUAAGGUGUAAUUAGAAGCGACAUAUUUAUCCAACUUGUACAUCUUAGAAUAAGGCAUAUUCUGUAUUUAAUGUUUUAUUCGUCGAUUAUUUCUCAUAUAACUUAUUAAAUGUUCCACGUUCGCUCUUACAACGUUUGAUUUAAUACAAUAUUUUCGAUACGAAUAAAUAUUGUACAGGCAUCAUAGUUACUAAUUCGUUCUAUUCCCUUCUAUGAACUUUUCUACAUUUACUUAAAGCCGAUUAUUUUAAUUGUUGAAAUCAAUUUGAAAUUUAUAAUCAAAUGGAAAAAAAAAAAAAAAGAGAGAGAGAUGAAAUUACGCGCUAAUUUAAUAAAGCGAUUCGCUUUGAAGGAGGAAAGUGGACUGCGCUAUUAAGGAAUACCGAUGAUAAACGUAUUUUGCGAAGGUACAUGUAUUUAAAAAUUAUUACACAUUUCUAACAUUCCAAGGCAUUAGAGUGUUAAAUAACUUAUAAAGUAAAGGUAUGUCAAAAGUAAAUGAGUAAAUAAAGAAAAGAUCUUAAAUAAAAAUUAUAUUAAAAUGUCCGAAGGUUCUAUUAAUGCUUCAGAUACUUUUAGUAAAAUUAAAUAAUAUACAUUUAUAGCUAAGACUGCACACAAAUGAUAGUAAGAAAAAUGCGUAUACGAAAAAAA